UCCUCCGCGACGCGUCGUGUCGUGUCGCGGUCUAGCAUCCUGACCUUGACUCCGAUGCCCCAGCGCGUCGAUAGAGACAUCGAGGAACGUCACGUCGUGUUCCGUGCAGGAUUCCCCCCUCGCGGUGUGCCGAUCGCGCGACCGGCGCGGGCGGUCCUGUUGUGACACGCGAAUGACCUUGAUUCUUCGGCGAGGCGACGCCUUGGAUAUCGCCGAGUCGUGCGAACCGGUCGCCCGCGAGAUCGGUUGAUUUGGUGUCUUUACACGUGUGAGGUGGGUCACCUGGAGAUGAACAAGUAGGAAAACAAGCCUGUAUCUUCGUGGCUAGAACGAAGCGUGCGUUCGUCGUCGCACCCACCAUCCGCGACAGCUCGAAUCUAUCGCGAGGCGUCAUCUGUGACGAAAGAACGACGUCCGAGAAAUAACGGAAGAGAACAUCUGACCUUGAAGUGCAGAGGACACCUUAUAUGGCACCGCGGCGUCACGCCAACGGCGGCCACGGAGGUGGCGGCGGUGGCCUCUUGGAGAACGGGGGCGUUGGCGUUGGCACUAACGAUCCCAUGGAUAAUCUGCUGGGCCCGAGCCAGACGACGCGCUGCUGCACGCCGACCGGCGAGUGUCUGCGCGGCGACACCCUCAUCCGCCUCAACGCCCUGCACGACGCGGUCAAGGUCACCUGCAAUAACGACAAUUGUCCGGUCGGUCAGUUCAUGCACCGUGAGUGCUUCGACGUCUGGGAGCAGACGGUACUCACGUAUCUGAAAAGCUGCGGCCGCGCUCGCAGCUGGUCCGAGCGUCAACGUCAUCAGAAUCUCUGGACGAAGAAGGGCUACGAUCUCGCGUUCAAGGCGUGCGGCUGCCGCUGCGGUCGCGGCCACCUUAAGAAGGACCUCGACUGGAUGCCGCCCGGUCUCGGCAACGUGCCUGGCAACCGCCCCGACGAAAACGAGGCGAAGAAGAAGAAGCGACGCAACCGUCAGAACACCAGGCCGAGCCUGGCCGUGUCGGCCGGCCCGCCGAAUCACGGCAAUCACGUCGUCGCCGCGAACGGCCGCGGCACCAGCGAGGCGCAGAUGAUCGAGUCUGGCCGCGGUAGGGCCGGCUCCUUGUCGUCCAGCACCGGUUCCAGCUCGCCGCCGGCCACCAGCGAACCCAGCGUCAGCCCUCUUCAUCAGCCGCAGGCUAUCAUGAAGAAGAAGAGCAAGGUCGACUUUUUCAGCGAUCGCGCGAGACAAAGCUGCGGCGCCAACGGUAUCUUUUCGCGUCGUCUGGAUUUCAGCGCUUUCAACAGUCUGCCCCGCACCAAGCUUAACUCCUAUCAUAUUAAGAUGGAAGACGAGGGCAACCACGGCAACGACGACACCAGAUGCUUCAUUCUAUCAACAUUGGCUGCUCUGCAGUGGUCUCGAGUAACAUGUGUCCUUUGUCGCGCUGCCAUGCUGGUUUUCGACAGGUAUCCGUUGGUGGACGGCACAUUCUUCUUGUCACCCAGACAACAUUCGCCUGCUUGCGCUGAGGUGAAGGUCGAAGGUCGCACACAAUUUUUGUCAGCUGUGUGCAUGAGUUGUUUGGAGGGCAGCGGCGGCCAGCCCGUACGCUGUCGUUUCUGCACCCAGCCGUGGGAUGGCUCGAGCUUGGUUCUCGGAACCAUGUACAGCUACGAUAUCUUCGCUGCAAUGCCCUGCUGCAGCGAGCGACUCAAGUGCAACAGCUGCCAGAAACCCCUGAUCUACCCUCAUCAGCGACUGAACUUCUACUCGGAUUACAGCCGCGUCUUUGGCUGCCCACACUGCAGGACGGUCGACGCCCACUUUGUGAAACCGCUCUCGGCCUGCUUCACCCGCGAGCAGUUUCAGCUCUACAGCCAGUGGCCGUAACCAUUAGAGAACUUAGCGAACCGCCGCCGUAUGCGCACGACCGCGGCUGACUUGUAUCCUCUCUUUUACAAGUCGAUCUCCCUGUUCCGGACGACCGUGCUCUAGAAUCCUCCCCUCGCGACCUGUAAGAGACUUGAUGAUGGCGAACGCGCACGGGGGCCGCGAUCCUUCCUGGCGCGUGUUGUCGGCCGGAUCCACCGAUGUAUUAAUUCCUAUUAACUCGCCAAACACUUUUAUUUCGGUCGACAACUGAUGUUGUUUCUUCGUAAUUCCUUAGGAAACAUUUUUUUUUAGCAAUCUAUUCUAUACGAUGACGGUACACGCGAGCCCCUUGGCGCAUUCCCGUAGUACUAAAAUUUAAGAUGUUUCUUUUUAACGUCAAUUGUAGAUUUGUUUGUCUAGAUUGAUCUUAAGCGGGAGACGUCGAAUUAUUGACGUUUUCGUUUGACGAUGCGCGAGGCGAGACUUGCAAAAUUAGUAUGCUUUAUUUUCCCCAUAACGUUGCUCUUUAAGUUUCUUAAGGCAUUUAUCGUGCGUUUUGCUGUAAUAAACGGCAAUUAAUUUUUUUAUUAGUAUACACUACGUUUUGACAAUUGUGUCAUUACAAACGUAGUUCUCUGAUAUAGGUGAGUUUUAACUAGUAAAAUUUUUUUGUUGGAGAAAUCUGUGUGUUUCAUCAUUUAUGCACAAAAGUUUUGGGCUACAAGCUGAAUCAUCUCUUGGACGGUUUCUUUCGGAAACUUCGGGUGACAAGUGUGACAGCUUCGCCGUCUCCCGUUUCGUAAUAUAGUUGAAAUUACUUUAAAGAAAAAUAAAUACAUGAAAUAAAUUUAGGCGGAGAGAAACGAUAUUAGACACGGAGAGAAAGGUCGAUUCUCUUUAUUAUAAAUGUGUAUAAAGAAAAAA